AUGCCUGUCUGGAACAGUCCAUUGGAGAUCAUCAAAGAUGAAAUAUAUCUUGCCACGACAGUUUACGUAUGCUGCGGAGUUGCGCUUUGGGAGUACUGCACGCAGUUCCCUUAUGAAUGGGACGUCCUCAGACGAGUCAGACGGUACCGCUGGACAAUCUGGGUCUACUCAUGCUGCAGGCUUUGCAUGACCAUCAGCCUUCUGUUCCUCUGCAUCGGUGUAGCGAAUGGAUGGCUGAUUCGUUCUUGCACGGCAAGCUACGCUAUUGCGCAGGCCUUCUCUUACACUUCCACAAGUCUGGCCUCUCUUCUCAUUGUCCUGCGCGUGGUUGCAAUCUGGGAUAAACACCGACUCAUCAUGGCAAUAACCUACAGCGUGUGGCUGGUUGGCGUAGCACUGAACCUACGCGAUGUAUCUCUUCUCCGAGCGUCUUAUAACCCAACCUACAAGACUUGUGCACCGUAUGACACCAAGCAAUUCCUGCCCAACUCCAUUGGCAUUCUCGGGUCGGAUUCGGUGCUGCUGGUAAUGAUGCUCGUCGGCAUUCUGCGCCAUCGAGAGGCACCUAAGUUCAGUGUGGCCCAUCUCCUGUACCGUCAGGGCGUCGUAUGGUUGCUCGUUGCCAGCUUAGUGGAGAUCCCCGUGCUUGUUUUCUGCAUUCUCGACUUGAACGCGCCUCUUUCUUUGUUACUGCAACCAGUUCAAGUGGUGGCACUGGGUAUCUGCGCCGGACGCAUGUACAGAGGGCUCAUGAGUUACUCCUUCGAACCCGGCAGCGGCGGCAUCCUCCUGGGAGACCUUACCCGCGUGCGACCUGUAGCGUCACCCGCGCCUUCAGUCCAGAGUCCUGUCUCAUAA